CUACCACAGACGGGCCGUUUCGGGAGUUAUGCCUGCCCCCGUCGCUCCUGGCGCGUCUCCCUGCUAACGAAGAAUAGAUAGCGAAGAUGAUUCCACUCUGCCAGGUGGAGUGCAGCCCAGCGUGUCCCAGUCCGGCCAUGAGAGAAGAGAAGACACACACACACACACACACACACUACCUCUUCAUCAGCGUAUACAGGAACAGGAACAGGAGCAAGCACAGGCACAGACUGGCUACAGGCUGGAUGCAGGAUGCAGGAUGCUGCUUCUGGAUGCUGCUGUACUCUCUCUGUCAAUGUUCCCUGAGGGUGGUGGUGGGCAGUAGGGGUGGUGGUGGUGGGUGUUCUCUCCAGGUCUCCCCCAGGACGAGGUGCUCUGACGGGCAGACACUCCUGCUGGAACUGGGGCUCAGGGGAAUGCCGCCGGAGCAACGGUGGGUCGGAACGGUGGACCGAGAGACAUAGAGAACUUCUGAGGUGGUCCCUGAAGCCUCUUUAUCCUGAAUACAGAAAAUGAACACUGUCUUUUUCCAGAGAUGAUAAGACACAUUUGUGAUGUUUUGGAUGUGAUCUGUGGAUAUCUGACGGUAUUUAUUUUCUUUUGUGGAAUGAAGACAAUGACUAGAGAAGACCAGUGCAAAAUGAACAGCUUGACGAUUCUAUUAGAGACUUUUUAAAGUCCAUCUGUAUGAUAAUAUCCUGUCCGUGUGUGUGGUCUGGGAAAGCCACACGAACCUGAGGUCAGUAGUCGAGGCUGUAGCCCCGUUUUAUGGAGGCCUUGCAUAACCAGCUUAAUGCUGGGGAGACGUCCGGAGGUGAAGAUCAGCCUCAGAGUACAUCUCCCUCAGUAGGCUGCUCCUCUCAGCCCUCAGCCUCCCAACAAAGCAAGCCAGCACAGGACGCAGACUCUGAGCCCCAUCGCCAUGGAGCCCCAUCCAAACCCCCUAGACGUCAGCAUCUGGAGAGGAAACGCCUGCGGCUCCAGAGGAGACAAGCUCAGGACGUGGGCUCUCUUAAGGGCGAUAAGCUCGCAGGGACGGCGAACGACGCCGGGCCGUUACCAGGCAACGAGUGCGGGGGUUCCGUCCAGGUGUCAAAGGAAGACUCCACGGGUGCUCCUAUUCCUUCUUCGAGCAGUUCGGCUCCAUCUCUCGGUACGGAGGAGGCACAGGAAGGCAUGCCAAAGCAGAAACGCGAGCGCAAACCGCAGAAGCCCGGGAAGUAUGUGUGCAGCUACUGCGGUCGAGCUUGCGCCAAGCCUAGCGUGCUCCAGAAGCACAUUCGCUCCCACACCGGGGAGAGACCUUACCCUUGUGCCCCUUGCGGCUUCUCGUUCAAGACCAAGAGCAACCUGUACAAGCACCGCAAAUCACACACUCACAGGGUCAAAGCUGGGCUGGCUCCAGCAAGCAAAGACGAACCAGCCAUAAGCGGCCAAGAAGAACCCUUGACUGAUUCAGAGGAUGAGUCUAACCAGCCGCCGUCAACCAGCUCAGCAAAGAAACAGGAAACGCUUGCACCGCAAGCAUCGUACGGUGCUGAGUUACGUUCUACUGAGCAAUCCCAGGGGCUUGGAGACUCCCAUGCUGUUAAAAAGAGACUUGCGAUGAGACUGAGCAAAACCAAGCAAGCUCCACCAACGGGCUCAUCAGAUGACGUUUCCUCUUCGCUGGUUUUGGGAAGUCGUGGUAGCACUGAGUCGGGCUACUUCUCUCGUUCAGAGAGCACAGAGCAGUCUCAAGACAGCCCUCCAAACUCCAGCGCUAAAAGCUACGCUGAAAUCAUCCUUGGCAAGUACGGGCGCCUUGGACAUCUGCAGAGGGCUUCCCGUAACCAGCAGCAACAGUCUGGCGGACAAGACGGCAAGGGCAUCCCUUUCACGCUUCCCAAAAAGCAGGUCAUUGACCAUAUCACAAAGCUCAUCACCAUCAACGAGGCUGUGGUAGACACCAGUAAGAUUGACAGUGUCAAGCCUAGACGCUUCUCCCUGUCUAGGCGAAGCAGUACAGAGUCAGCCAAGGCCUCUGCUCUUAAAGAACCCCUUGUGCAGUGCCCUAAAGUGACUGAGGCUUGUUCCAAGGCCAGUGGGUCUAUUACUCUUGGUGUUCCGUGUCAGAAAUUCCAGCAACAGAGCCUAAAUAUAGAACAGUCCUCCAGCCAAGCCUCUGCAGCACCACUUUUGAGGAGUCUUUCAGUCCCCUCUGCCUCUCCUGCUAGCACAAGCGAUGCUCCCCGGCACCUGAGGCUCAGCCAAUCAUUUGACGAGCAGCCGCCUACCCAGACGAAUCGGCGCCAUGCCUUGCUUCGCCGCCAACCAGCGAUUGAGCUGCCCAUUGGCUGUGAUUUUACCCCUGAAAAGUCAGCCAUGACAUCCUCUGUGCCAUACCACCAAGACGUGCUUAGCUUGCCUCAUCAAAAACCAAGGCCCCUUCAACCGUACGAGUGUGAAGAGUGUGGCACUGGCUGCAAAGAUUGGGAGAGUUACAAGACGCACAGACGGCAAACGUGCAACAUGCACCAACAGCAGAAAAUGGAGGCAGUUUCUGAACAGGUGGAGAAUCCUACAAGGAUGCACUUCAUGAGCAGGCCAGGGGCUUUAGUAAUGAGAAAGAGAAGAAAAGAGGACAGUCUCGAACUUGAUGAUCCCUGUUCCUCAAUGGCCUCGUCCUCUGCAUCUGGGACAAGCCCUGGAAUUGAAGGAGACCUGACCAACAAGGCUUAUGAAGGACCUAAUGUAGGAAACAUUGGAUUAAUGCUGGAGAAAGACCCUGAGAGACCUUUGAAGGGGAUAUCAGUGAUCCAACAUACAAGUUCAUUUGAGAAGCAAGAGGGUAAUCUGUUUGUGAAAAGUAAAGUAAAAGAUGAAUUAGAUAAAUGUGCCUCCUUUGAGAUGCACUAUUCACCAUUAACUCAGUCAUCAGAGCAGCAGUCAUCAAAACCAAGCUCUCGGAAGUUAAUGCGCCAGCAUAAUGUCCUAGUGCCAGAGAUCCUAGUCACAGAGGAUACAAACGCCACGCCAAUGUCCCUGUCUGCGACUGUUUCCAUAGCCAAAGAGGCUGAGAGGACAGACGAGUUCCAGUGGCCCCAAAGAAGCUCAACACUGGCCCAGCUUCCCAUUGAGAAGCUGCCCCCGAAAAAGAAGCGUCUUCGGUUGGCAGAAGCUGCCCAGUCCUCUGGGGAGUCCAGCUUUGAAUCUCUGUCCCUGCCUCCUCGCAGUCCAGGUCAAGACAGCAACAUGUCACACUUGUCUAGCUGUUCUGUAUCAUUUGAGGACUCGGGAAAACUGACUAACGUGGAGAUGACUUCUGGUCGGAGAUCCAGGGCAACUCACACAUUAGCCGUUCCUGCUAGUUCUCACCACCACCCCCACAGGGAGAUGAGGCGCUCGGCUUCGGAGCAAGCACCACAUGUUCCGCAGCAGUGCACCCCGAUUUCGGAAGUCCGUAGCAAGUCCUUUGACUACAGUUCCCUGUCUCCUGAUCGCACUCCAGCUGGCUGGAAGGAAAGGCGCAAAUGCCUCCUCUUGAAGCACACUACAGUGCGGGAUCCAGACGACGAGGAACCACCCAGCCAGCAAACAUCAAGUGUUAGCAUGCCAAGUGUUAGCAUGUUAGCAAGUUUUUGCACGGCUAGUGUUCCAUCCAGCUCCCGCAUGAAGUUAAGUCCGGGACCUUCUGAGCCCCCGUGCACCCCCACAUCCUAUAACACAUCUCCUGUUCACACUCAUUGCCAAGAAUCACCAGCGCUAUGGCAACAAGAUCCACCUCACCAGCUACGCAACUCGCCAGAGGUGGCACUAAAUCAGUGCUCAUCAGAUCACAAAGUGCAGCAAGCAGCACCUGUUGUUUACAUGGGACUAGAAGGCAUUCAGCUUGGCUCUGCCCAUGUCACCCAGGGCCCCUCUGGUGCAGCACGAGCCCACUACUCUCCUGGGUCCUCACGUCUCAAGCUGGAGAUACCCACCAGGGACCCAGUUGAGGAGUCGGAGCCGAGAGUAGCAAUCUCGUCCCAGGUGCCUGCCCGCCCAUUCCAACACCAGCGUGUUUACUUCACCAUCACCCCCGAUGCUGAGCCACUGAGACCUGCGGAGAUGCAGACGGUGGCAGUUCGAGUCCAGGGGGACAUCCCAGCCCACGCCAGUGCCAUUUACACCACGCACUCUCAUCAUGCAGUUACUAAACCUCAGGAGCUUAGUUCAAGUGCAAACCGAAAUGUGACCUUAGAUGUGACGACUGUCCCAUCAGUGAGUUUAGACCACAGUAGCCCACUGACCGUGACCCCUGAUACCAAGUUGCAGGGAUGUAGGUCAGUAGGUUCCGGAGGAAACAAACGGAUGCUGUCUCCGUCAAAUAGCCUAGAGCUCGGGCCCGAAAUGCGACAGCAGCAGAAACGAGUGAAAGAGGAAGACAAGAAGGAAGAAGAAGAAGAACAGGACAACACCAAAGAGGGUGGCGAUGGGCAACUUUCAAACCGGGUUAAAGCCGAGCAAGCAAUAGCAGAGUCAGCCGGCAGUCACAGAAGCACCCAGAGCCUUUCCUCUCCCAGCGCCACCACCAACAGCAACAACAACAACAACAAAGAGAAGCCUAUGCCUACAUUUCACGCGGAGCCGGAGUACAGCUGGUGCUAUCUCAACUACGCCAAGCCGAGCCCGUCCCCUCAGAACGACCACCAGGCCUCGGUGUACUCCUCCUGGUCCACCAGUGCCUACAACCCCAACCCUCCAGGGCUCAGCAGCAAGGAGGUCCUAGCGCAGCUCCACUGCAAGCAGGGGCACUCCUCCUCCGUCACCUACACCAUGGCCCCCAUGUCGCCCCCAGCGGAGGAGAAGGAGAAGGGGAAGAAGAAGGACAAGGAAGGACCGGUGGCAGACCCUGGGAAGCCAAGCGUGUCUGAGGUCCACGCCACUCAGCACAAAUGUCCCACUGAGGAAAGGGCAGUCUGGUCAACAGAGGACGUGAAGAAAGAGGAGGGUGAAGAGGAGGAGGAGGAGGAGAGGAAAAGGGAGAGAACAGUAGCCUCUAAACACACUGAGCCUCCUCGUGUUUGGAUUUGUGAAGGAGGGUAUAGGUCGAAUGAGGAGUAUGUGUAUGUGCGCGGGCGUGGGAGGGGCAGGUACGUGUGUGAGGAGUGUGGCAUUCGCUGUAAGAAGCCCAGCACGCUUCGCAAACACAUCCGACUGCACACCGACCAGCGGCCCUUCAUCUGCCAGCAUUGCAACUUUGCUUUCAAAACCAAAGGGAACCUCACCAAACACAUGAAGUCAAAGGCCCAUGGGAAGAAGUGCCAUGAAGAAAGUGUGCCCAAUACAUCUGAUGAGCUGGAGACAGGGGAAGAAGGUGGCAGUGAUGGUUGCCCAGUCAGGACAGAGGCACUUGAGGAACACCAGUUCUCUGAUGCUGAGGACACGGAGGGAGAAGAUGAGGAUGAGGAAGAUGAUGACAAUGAUGAUGAUGAUGAUGAUGAUGGAACCGAUGAAGACUACGAAGAUGCAGAGGACCAGCCAAAAAAGGGUCCCCCAGAUGUACAUCAUGGAGAACUCAUCACUGCCCACUUGGCAUCAUCAGCAUCAUCACCCACCCGGGCUGGAGAUGCCACCCAGACGGACGCUGGUCCCUCAGAACCCCCGCGGGAGCGGCAUCCUUUACCCAGCAUGCACUCCUCCCUGACGGGCGCGGUGACGGUCACGGUCCCGCGGCCACACCCGGAGCCCCACGGUGGCAGCUGCUCGUCCCCCAUCCUCAGCCUCUCCCCGGGCCGCUGCGUGUCCCCAGCCCUGCCCCAGUCGCUCUGCCCGUCCUCCUGCUGCUCCCCCAGCCCCUCUCCCUAUCCACAGCUCUCCCCCUAUCAGCGGCGCCUCUCGCCCUCUCCAUCGGGCCAGGUGUCUCCAGGCAGGUGUCCACCGUCGCCCUCUGGAUGCCAGCGGUCCCCUAGCAGGGACUCGGCAGCUCUCGUUCCCCAGUCGGCCUGCAGCUCCGCUGGGUGUCCAGGCUCCGGUCCCACCUCCCCCACCUCCAUCUCUGGGUCCUUCUCUCCACACAGGACACCCAAGCCAAGAUACCAAGCAGCCCCUGGCGGGAUGAGCUGUAUGGCCGUGCAGGAGAGGUGUUGUCCCCAGGAGGAAGUGAUGCACCUGCCACCAUCCCAACUCUCUGUCCUCCGCAACCAGCACCGCCACCACCACCACCACCACCACCACCACCACCACCACCCAGCCCGGACAGCCACCACCAUCUCGGCUGCUGCUCUGCCCAGCGAGGGCUGCUGCCUCCUCAGCCACCUGCCCCUCCACUCCCAGCCUCCGGCCCGGAGCCCCAGCCUGCUCAUCCCCAUCGGCGGGAUCCACAUGGUGCAGGCCAGGGGCAGCUACCAGCGCCCAGGCCCAGCCGUGAGCCCCGCUCUGGGCCGCGCGGGAGCCGAGGAGCCCCCAUCACGCUGGAGCCCCAGAACGACGAUGGCACCAGCGGCAGCAGUGGGGCGGCCGGCUCCGAGAGGCGCUGGACCCAGACACGGCCAGCUGUGCAGCUCAGCCAAUCACAGGAGCCCAGAGGCUGAGGAACCCACCGCCGGCCAAUCAGAACUGCCGUUGUUGAACAGGGAAGGAAGGCCUGACGUGUGUGUGAAGAGUCGGGAGGACACAACGCUCCAGGGAGAGGAGAGCUCGACGCAAACGCCCAGUUGUGUGUCUAGGCCUCAGCACACACACUCACACACACACACACACACAAACACACAAACACACGCUGUCCCAGACAAGCACCUUAACUGCACAUAUUAACACAGAGAUAGGGAUUAAGGAUGGCAAUCCACAGACUAAAGAAACUAAAAAAUCAAAUCAACCUGUAAACACUGCUUCUCUGCCCUAGAGAAUGUACUAAGACUUCUGCAGAGGCCGAGGACAAGUGCAAAUGGAAGGACCUUAUUCCAGUUCCCCGCUCCUACAGCAGCACUUACAGCAGCUUGUCUCUCUAUGUGUGUUAUAUACCUGCUGUACAUACAUCUAUACGUUAUAUGAAUAUACUUCUAUGUUUUUAUAUGGAUUUUAUAUGGUAUACUACAUGUACAUGCAUAAUGUAAUUGCUGCACAUGUGUUUGUACCUCUUUGCUAUUUCUCACUUUCAGUCGCUGGAACAAUA